AUGGCGGUUCCAGAAGGCCGCAGCAUCUACGAGGUCCUUGGCACCGUCCUCUACCGCACCAUACCCGUCAACAUGGACGACGCAAACGUGCAACGGCAGCAGCAGCGGGAUGAUUUCGACGUUCCUCUCGACUACGACACGGCGCUGGCGCUGCGCGAGAUCGAUGACGCGGCCAUGGCGGCGCGCUACCUAGCAACCAAAGCCAGGGGUGCCGCUCCCGCCACUGCUGGCGGCGCCGCAUCGCAUGAUGGUUCCGUGGUGGCGGACAGGGUGUCUUCUGCAACAGCAACGCGUGUGUCGGUGGCCGCGACGUCUAAAGCGCCAGUGCCGCCUCAGCGAUCCAGCACGCCGCCCUUCACGUCGGUGCGCCAUGGCGGGUCCGGCAGCGGCGGAGGACAGCUGUCCGCUGCGAAGACGUUGCAGUGUGCUCUCAGAGGCGGAAGCUCGAGCGAGAAUCCCUUGGUGACAAACUUCAGAAGCAGUCUAGAGGUUGCAGGGGGCCAGUGGAAAGCAAGUGAAGCUGUAGACAUUGGAGCACAGAAUGCCCAUCUCGUUAGGGCCCGCAUCAACGCUGCUGCGGUGAAGGCAGCCGGCAGUGGGACCGGCGUGGUGUCUGUUGCAGGGCGGUUGACCCGUGAUGACAUCAGCGCGAGGACGGUGGCGCAGGCGAUGGAGAUUUUGUUCCCUCUAGAGGCGGCGGGCCACGGCGGUGGUAGCAGAGCGGAGUCCGCCAACGACGGCGAAGAAAGGGCGAGUGAUGGCACCCCGACACCUCCGUUCUCCGCUUCCACGUCUCGGGUUCUUAGCGCAGCAACAGUCGCCGCGGCCAGAAGUGCCACCCAUGCGCCGGUGAUGUGGCGCAGAGCCGACGUGGCUCACCUGUCUCGCUUGGACGUAAUUCUCCUCUACAGGCACCUUCAACACCGCUGCGCCCGCGAGUCAGCGCGCCCUCGGGGGGUGGUGUGCCCAAAUCGGGAAUGUAUCUACAACGAUGGCCUCCGGGAGUUAAUCCGGCAAGUAACCCUCCUGUGCCCGGAGCGCGGCCUUCUGCUCGACGAGUUAGCCCGUAGCAUGCGCCAAGCGAUCGAGACAUACGACGUACUGCUGGACAGCGCGAACCAGUAUGCGGUGCGCAAGAGCACCGAGCGUGACCUGCAUCAGCACCUGUUUGCGGAGAAGACAGAUCUUGAGACGGAGGUGCGCCGUCGUGAGCAUCGCGUCAACGAGUGGCGCGCCAAGUACGCCGGCCUUCAAAAACGCUUUCAAGAGCAGCAGGAGGCGGACAGGAAGCUGCACGCCGAGGAAAUCGCCUACGCCAAGCGUGCCAACCAGCAACUCGUGAGCGAAAUCAAGCGCCUCGCCUCGGAAGCGGGGAAGGCGAAAGGGGCCUGA